AUGUCGAAAAGGGCUGACAGAAGCACAUACGGAGUCAAUGGCAUUUCAAUAUUUUCUCCCUUUUGCCCUGAGCGCAGUCUUCCGAGCCCAGAGGUCUUUGUGCCACCGGAUGAAAUUACAGAUGAGGAGGUAGAGUACUAUCAGAUGAGCGAGGAAGACAUGGAGAUGCUUACACGACUCAUUGCCUUGGAACAGGAAAUGCUGCUCUGUCCAGAGGCCGCAGGCUUGCCCAUCAGCUAUCAUGCGGCUGACGUACUUGCUCGUAUAAGAGUCGACGACAAAAUCGAUCAUCAGAUCGCUAAAACCCCCCAGGUCCUUGUUAAGCUGCAAUACUCAAGUUGGGAUCACGGUGGCAGUUACAUCAAUACAAAAACUGAAGAUCUACAGGGCAGCUUUCCCCUUAUGCUCCUGUACGGACGAAAGCAUGGAAAAUAA